AUGGGAAAUGGUUCCGUGAAACCCAAACAUUCCAAACAUCCAGAUGGCUACUCUGGGAACCUCACCAUUGAUGCCCUGCGGAGCAAAGUGACAGAGCUGGAGAGAGAGCUGAGGAGGAAGGAUGCUGAGAUCCAGGAGCGCGAGUACCAUCUGAAGGAGCUGCGGGAACAGCUGUCAAAGCAGACUGUGGCCAUUGCUGAGCUCACGGAGGAGCUGCAGAACAAGUGCAUCCAGCUGAACAAGCUUCAGGAUGUGGUGCAUAUGCAGGGGGGGAGUCCACUUCAGUCCUCUCCAGAUAAAGUGCCUCUUGAGGUCCACCGGAGGACCUCGGGAUUGGUCUCUCUCCACAGCAGGAGAGGAGCCAAGGCUGGGGUGUCUGCUGAACCAACCACCCGAACCUAUGACCUCAACAAACCCCCUGAAUUUUCCUUUGAGAAGGCAAGAGUCAGAAAGGACUCCAGUGAGAAGAAACUUAUUACAGAUGCCCUUAAUAAAAAUCAGUUUCUGAAGAGACUGGAUCCUCAGCAGAUCAAAGACAUGGUGGAAUGCAUGUAUGGGAGAAACUACCAGCAAGGGAGUUACAUUAUUAAGCAAGGAGAACCAGGAAACCAUAUCUUUGUGCUGGCAGAGGGCCGUCUAGAAGUGUUCCAAGGGGAGAAAUUGCUAUCAUGCAUUCCUAUGUGGACCACAUUUGGGGAACUAGCCAUUUUAUACAACUGUACGAGGACUGCCUCUGUGAAAGCUAUUACCAAUGUUAAAACUUGGGCAUUAGAUAGAGAGGUAUUCCAGAAUAUAAUGAGGAGGACAGCCCAAGCUAGAGAUGAAGAGUACAGAAACUUCCUCAGAAGUGUAUCCUUGCUGAAGAAUUUACCUGAAGAUAAAUUAACCAAGAUCAUUGACUGCUUGGAAGUGGAAUACUAUGACAAAGGAGAUUACAUCAUUAGAGAGGGUGAGGAAGGAAGUACCUUUUUCAUUUUGGCAAAAGGAAAGGUAAAAGUCACGCAGAGUACGGAGGGCCAUGAUCAACCCCAGUUGAUAAAAACACUGCAGAAAGGAGAAUACUUUGGAGAAAAAGCUCUUAUCAGUGAUGAUGUCAGAUCAGCUAACAUUAUUGCUGAGGAAAAUGAUGUUGCAUGCCUGGUUAUAGAUCGAGAAACAUUCAACCAAACUGUCGGGACAUUUGAAGAACUUCAAAAAUACCUUGAAGGGUAUGUGGCGAACCUGAACCGUGAUGAUGAAAAAAGACAUGCGAAGCGGUCCAUGUCUAACUGGAAGCUCUCCAAAGCACUCUCUCUGGAGAUGAUUCAGCUGAAGGAGAAGGUGGCCAGAUUUUCCUCAUCAUCCCCAUUCCAGAACCUUGAGAUUAUUGCAACACUGGGCGUUGGUGGGUUCGGAAGAGUUGAACUUGUUAAAGUAAAAAAUGAGAAUGUUGCUUUUGCUAUGAAAUGUAUAAGGAAGAAACACAUAGUUGACACUAAGCAACAGGAGCAUGUCUACUCAGAAAAGCGGAUCCUGGAAGAGCUGUGUUCUCCAUUCAUUGUGAAAUUAUAUCGUACUUUCAAGGACAAUAAGUAUGUAUACAUGCUUCUGGAAGCCUGCUUAGGUGGGGAGCUAUGGAGUAUAUUAAGGGACAGAGGCAGCUUUGAUGAACCCACCUCUAAAUUCUGUGUUGCUUGUGUGACAGAAGCAUUUGACUACCUGCAUCGACUAGGUAUUAUCUACAGAGACCUGAAGCCAGAAAACUUAAUUUUAGAUGCUGAGGGUUACCUUAAAUUGGUUGACUUUGGAUUUGCUAAGAAAAUAGGAUCUGGACAGAAAACAUGGACAUUCUGUGGGACUCCAGAGUAUGUAGCUCCUGAAGUCAUUCUCAACAAAGGACAUGACUUCAGUGUGGAUUUUUGGUCACUGGGAAUCCUAGUGUAUGAGCUCCUAACGGGCAACCCACCCUUUUCUGGGAUUGACCAAAUGAUGACCUAUAACUUGAUUCUCAAAGGAAUAGAAAAGAUGGAUUUUCCUAGGAAGAUCACGAGACGGCCUGAGGAUUUGAUUCGCAGGCUUUGCAGGCAAAACCCAACAGAAAGGCUGGGAAAUCUGAAGAAUGGAAUAAAUGACAUUAAGAAACACAGGUGGCUAAAUGGUUUUAAUUGGGAGGGACUGAAAGCACGGAACCUUCCAUCACCUUUACGGAGAGAGCUUAGCGGACCCAUAGAUCACAGCUACUUUGACAAGUAUCCUCCUGAAAAGGGAAUACCUCCGGAUGAGCUGUCAGGCUGGGAUAAAGACUUCUGA